AUGGGAAACGGUUCAUUUUUCCAAGCCGUGAAUGACUAUGGAGUAUUCCAGACAGACGUAACAACAUACAACAUUGAGGAGCUGGUAGCAGUUACAUCUGAACGCACCCCAAAAAACACAGACACAUUUGUGGCUAUAUUUUCCUUGCUUUCUGGGCAGAUAGUGCAUCUCUCUGAGCAAGCAGCCUCCAUUCUGAACUGUAAGAAGAAAUUUUUGGACUCCUCCCGGUUUGUGGAGCUGCUGGCCCCUCAAGAUGUCAGUGUGUUCUACACACACACUACCCAGUGCCACCUCCCACUCUGGAACAUGGAAACUCAAGUGGCUUCUCUGUAUGAAUAUGCCCAAGUGAAAUCCUUUUUCUGAAGGAUCAGACAAUGUAUCAAACUGGAUCCUUUAGGCUCCACUUCUUUCAGCUUAACCCAAAGAGAGAAAUUGCUGGAAGUGGCAUUAUGUUUGGAUUUCAGAGCAGACCCUUUGUUGGGUUACCUUCCUCAGGAUUUGAUUGGAACAUCCAUCUUGAUGUAUUUGCACCCAGAAGAUCACCCCCUUAUGGUUGCCAUUCAUCGGAAGAUUAAUACUUUCCUGAAGUUUGCAGGCCAGCCUUCAUUUGAGCAUUCGCCCAUCAGAUUUUGUACUCAGAAUGGAGAUUAUGUUAUGUUGGAUACCAGCUUGCAGUUUGUGAACCCCUGGAGCAGGAAAGUCGUGUUCAUCAUUGGCCGGCACAAAGUCCGAACGAGCCCUCUGAAUGAAGAUGUUUUUGCUGCAAGAAGCAAAGAGAUGAGCAGUGUCAAUAAAGAGAUAAGAGAAUUGCAAGGACAAAUAUACAAGCUUCUCCUGCAGCCAGUUCAUAGCAAUGAUUCUAGUGGUUAUGGAAGUCUUGGUAGCAAUGGGUCUUACGAACAUUACAUCAGCAUAGCGUCCUCUAGUGACUCCAAUGGGAAUUGUGCUGAGGAAAUACAACAGAACUAGUAAAUGACAUUGCAGCAGGUCUGUGCCAAUGUGAACUGAAUAAAGAAUCUGGGUCAACAGCUGCAUACUAAAUCACAGAGCAAACUGCAGAACAGAAAGGAUCCAGUCCUAGAUACUGUACUGCAGGGAGGCAAACAGAACACUGCUUCGUAUAUUCUCCAGGCACUGAGAAGUAACAUGACUGAAGGCCCAGACAGUUCAUCCUGUGAUGAUUCAAGGAAGAUACAACAUAUUCUAGCCUACCAGCAGAUCAGCUGUGUGGACAGUAUCAUCAGGUGGUAAACUUGCUCUAGAAUUAUUUUGGGGAAGUUCUACAGCCUGUGUUAUGCAGGAGAAGUGACUGCAAUAGAAGAUGCCACUGUGGAACAUGAACAAAUUGAGCUGCCUCCUCUGAAUGCUCAGAGUCCCACUGUGGUUCUUGAGGAAUUUAAGCAAGUUGGACUAACAAAGGAGGUUUUGUCAGCCCACACUCUGAAAGAGGAGCAGAACUACAUUGACGGGCUCCACCAGAGGAUAUUGUCAUCUCUGUAUAGGUCCUAUCUCUAUCAAGGGAGCAGAAGCAACAGUGGAUUUUCCUAUGGUCAAGGAGACUCCCCUUCAAAGCAGACCAGCCCAGUUAGCUGUAGAAGAGGCAAAUGUGGGAAACUCAAGUGCCAGAAACCACUAGAGCCUUCAUACAGGCAUUCAUCUAAUAGAAAUGAUCUUCCACACAAGAAGAGAAUAGCUUCUGGGAAACAGUUCUGCUCUCCCUCUAAAGCAGUGGUUCCCAAACUUGUUCCACCGCUUGUGGAGGGAAAGCCCCUGCCCAUCCAUUCUUACCCAGUGUCUGGUUUUCCUAUCCCCUUCAUGACCCCUAUAGGAGGUGAUUGUGCCACCCACUCAGGCAUUGAUCUGGAGAAUAGUGAAAGCCACUCUGUUUCCAAUGAACUGUUUGACCUUUUAUUGUGUGAGGGCUCUCAGAUGUGUACAAGUUCAGCAACAUCAGGCAACGAAUCAGCUGAAUCUAGCUCUAUAGGCUCUUGUUCCAAUGGUUCUAGCACCAAUGAGGUUUCUCCUUGUGGCACAGGCAGUCAGUGUGAGUCAGUCUGGAGGAUGAUGGAUCGUACACCUGAGCCUGUACUAAUGACAUAUCAAGUACCUGACAGGGCAAUGGAGAGCCAGGAGCUUCUAGCUUUCCCCGUGAACACCCAAGAUAUUCCCCCUCGGCCACGGCAUCUAGAACCUCCAGAGGAGAUUGUGGAGGAAGAGGAGGGUGGCACUGAGGAAGAGGUGACUCUGAGAACCAACAUCUCCUCCUCCUCCUCCUCCUCCUCCCUAGAUGAGGCUGUCAUGCCUCCGCCACUAUCCUUGGCCUAUAACUUAUGGCUUUUUCAGGAUCUAGCAAAGCAAGUUGCAGAUACCCUUGGAAGAAGUCAAGGACACCCAUCACAAGCUCCUUGA